GUGAAUCGCAGAUCUCGGCCUCCUGAGUAGCUUGGAUUACAGGGUCUCUUUUCACACACACACACAGACACACACACACACACACACGUGAUAUAUGGGUGUGCAUACCUGUGUAUAAACUCUAUGUAUUUGUAUAUGUAGUCAUUGUUUACAGAUAUAUACCUGGUGGAUUUGAAGCAUCCUCUUGUGGAUCUGUUUCUCAUUUUCUCUCUGUCUCUGUUGCUGCCUGUGUCUCGCUGUUGGGGGAUCUCUUGGGUUCAUCGCUGUCCUCUGUACCCCAUGGUGCUAUCUGUGCAUAUCCUCUGCUCCCAGCUGUUCAAACAGGGUGUGGGUCUGUAUACACACUGGCGAGGGGGCAUGGGUCCUUUAAUCUUCUCCCCACCUCCCACCCCAUUCCGAGGGUGUUGCUUUUGCAGACAGAAGUAUGGUGAACUCUGAGAUCAGCCUCUCUCGCCUUUUCAUCUCUGGGGGUGGGAGACUCCAACAAUCACAGCCGUGGCUCAUCCAUGCUGUUCCCAUGGAUGCAAUGGGAACCAAUCUAUCUGGGGUGCUGUAGCUUGGAUUUGAGGGGAAGUGGUAUAAGAGAGCCCCCCCACCCCCAGUUUAGGAGUCAUUUUUCUGAGAAGUGCCAAUGCUUUAGGGAAGCGGCUUUUCCUCUCUCUCCCACCCCCAGCACAGUCUCUGCGUCUUGACCUCAGGUGACCCACACUGGGGGAAGGAGAGACAGCAGCCGCCUCUGCUGCAUGCAGUGAUCUCUGGGGUGGCACCUUGGACCCUUUCUUCCCUGAGGACUCUCAUGGCAUCACAGGACAUGGCCCCCCUUCCUGCCUGGCUGGGGUCCGUCUAGGAGUGCCAGCCCUUUUGGUGCCCUGAAAGCCAGCCCUGGACCUUCCCAGGAAAGUGCCAGCUCACAGAACUGCUUCACCAAAGGACCAACUCUUGGGACGUUCCCCAGGCUACCCAGCCCCCGCGAGGGUGGGGGCUCUAGAAGGCUGACAUUAGUUUAUUGACUUUGGACGGCCAGCUCCAGGACGAAGAGGGGGUGUGGGCUGACCACACAAACCCCCUCUGGGCCUAGGCCCCAUGCCCCAAGGAGGGGCAGCCUGAAGCCCGCUGCAGCCCCCCAGCAGACUGCCUGCCUGCCCUUCUGACUGUGGCCCUUUGGCAUGGCCAGCAACAGCAGCUCCUGCCCGACACCUGGGGGUGGGCACCUCAAUGGCUACCCAGUGCCCCCCUAUGCCUUCUUCUUCCCCCCUAUGCUGGGGGGCCUCUCCCCGCCAGGAGCGCUCACCACUCUCCAGCACCAGCUUCCAGUUAGUGGAUACAGCACACCAUCCCCAGCCAAACCGAGCCUGUUUGCUCCCGGAGAAGGGGCUACCUGCCCCCGGCCCCUACUCCACCCCGCUCCGGACUCCGGGUUGGAAUGGCUCAAACCACUCCAUUGAGACCCAGAGCAGCAGUUCGGAAGAGAUAGUGCCCAGCCCGCCCUCGCCGCCCCCUCUCCCCCGCAUCUACAAACCCUGCUUUGUCUGUCAAGACAAAUCCUCAGGCUACCACUAUGGAGUCAGCGCCUGCGAAGGCUGCAAGGGCUUCUUCCGCCGCAGCAUCCAGAAGAACAUGGUGUACACGUGUCACCGGGACAAGAACUGCAUCAUCAACAAGGUGACCCGGAACCGCUGCCAGUACUGCCGGCUGCAGAAGUGCUUCGAAGUGGGCAUGUCCAAGGAGUCGGUGCGGAACGACCGGAACAAGAAGAAGAAGGAGACCCCAAAGCCCGAGUGCUCGGAGAGCUACACGCUGACGCCGGAGGUGGGGGAGCUCAUCGAGAAGGUGCGCAAGGCGCACCAGGAGACCUUCCCCGCCCUCUGCCAGCUGGGCAAGUACACUACGAACAACAGCUCAGAACAACGUGUCUCUCUGGACAUUGACCUCUGGGACAAGUUCAGUGAACUCUCCACCAAGUGCAUCAUUAAGACCGUGGAGUUUGCCAAGCAGCUGCCCGGCUUCACCACCCUCACGAUCGCUGACCAGAUUACCCUCCUCAAGGCUGCCUGCCUGGACAUCCUGAUCCUGCGGAUCUGCACGCGGUACACGCCUGAGCAAGACACCAUGACCUUCUCAGACGGGCUGACCCUGAACCGGACCCAGAUGCACAAUGCUGGCUUCGGCCCCCUCACCGACCUGGUCUUUGCCUUCGCCAACCAGCUGCUACCCCUGGAGAUGGACGAUGCUGAGACGGGGCUGCUCAGUGCCAUCUGCCUCAUUUGUGGAGAUCGGCAGGACCUAGAACAGCCAGAAAGGGUGGACAUGCUGCAAGAGCCGCUGCUGGAGGCGCUGAAGGUGUAUGUGCGGAAACGGAGGCCCAGCCGCCCCCACAUGUUCCCCAAGAUGCUGAUGAAGAUCACGGACCUGAGAAGCAUCAGUGCUAAGGGGGCUGAGCGAGUGAUCACCUUGAAGAUGGAGAUCCCAGGCUCCAUGCCGCCUCUCAUCCAGGAAAUGCUGGAGAACUCGGAGGGCUUGGACACUCUGAGCGGACAGGCAGGGGGUGGGACAAGGGACGGGGGUGGCCUGGCCCCUCCGCCAGGCAGCUGUAGCCCCAGCCUCAGCCCCAGUUCCAACAGAAGCAGCCCAGCCACCCAUUCCCCGUGACCACUGCACCACAUGGACGCAGCCCUCACCCCGUCCCGGCUUUUUCUGCCUUCUACCGACCGUGCGACCCCAGCCAGCCCUGGCCCUGCCCAUCCUCCCAGACAGAACUGGGCACAGGAGGAGGCGGCGGCGGCGACUGUGGACAGAGAUCUGGCCUUGCGAUGGACUGCCCUCUUCCCGCAGUUGGCCGGGCUGACACCGGGGGCGAGGUGGAGCCCGGGGAGGACCUGGCCUGGGCCGGCCGCCUGAGCCUGCCCGCCUGGCCACAUCUUCAUCACCAGCAAACGGCCGGGACCUGGCGCUCCAUGCUCUGAACUCAUAAGCCAUCGCUCCCCAGCUGGGGGGGCCUUCCCCUGCCUCGGUUGGUGACAGAGGGGUGGCUGGGGUGGGGGAGCUUCCCCUGUACAUACCUUGAGUACCAACACCCCCCCCCCCAGGUAUUAAUUCUCGCUGGUUUUGUUUUUAUUUUAAUUUUUUUUGUUUUGAUUUUUUUAAUAAGAAUUUUCAUUUUAAGCACAUUUAUACUGAAGGAAUUUUGCUGUGUGUUGCGGGAACUGGAUCCAGAGUUGGGGGGAGGGUCCCGGGGAGGGGCGGGGCUCCUGGGGCUCCCCUCGACACCUCCCAGUGCCCCUGCACUCUCCUCAGCCUUUUCUCCUCAGUUUUCUCUUUAAUACUGUGAAGUACUAACUUUCCACGGCUGUCUUCCCCUCCUGUGUGAGGAGAGAAGCCAGCCCCCUCCCCGCCUCCCCCCUGAGGGUGGGCAGUGUCUGCAGCAGCUUCUGGAAGGAAAGGGGCCUUUGGAACCUGCCUCCACCCACCAAGAAGCAGGCCGGGCCCCUCCGGUGAGAGCUUGUUGCUGCCCUCCCGCCGGGCCCACACCAUCCAAUCCCCCAGCCCCACUGUGAAGGGGCUGGCCAAGGAGUCCAAGCUGCCCCCCCUCAUCCUCACAGCCACCAGCACCCCACCCCACGGGGCCCCUAGACACACACACACACACACACACAUACACACACACACACACACACACACAUACACGACAGUAGAUGGCAACACACUUGGCCUGAGUUCCUCCAUUCCUUGGCCUGCCCUCUUGCCCUAAGCCCAUGCCCCCUCCUUGCCCCGCAGGACGGGCCUACAGGGGGUCCCCUCCCCUCGCCCCUGCAUUCCUGGGCUGGGGGAGCUGGCUCUGCCCUGCCCUCCUGGCCCUGGGGUUGGGGUCUCAUCCCCGGAGCUGGUGCACCUGUUACUGUUGGGCUUUCCACUAAGAUCUACUGGAUAAAGAAUAAAGUUCUAUUUAUUCUA